UUAUCUGGGCUCUUUCUGUGAUCUGGGAUUUUACACUCCCCUUCAGUGCAGACACCAAGACAGGACGAACCAUACAGAGGAUUUUACUAAGGGAAACAUCUGUGAGAUAAAAAUGGGGAGGGAGCUGGUAGAGGCUAGAAGAGAGGAAAGGCUGGGAGAGCCAUCACACCUUGAUACAAGUCUGACCCAAGUGCAGGAGGGAGGGAAGCAAGGUUGGGUGGAAGCUCCUAGACUGCAUAUAGCAAGGCAAUCAGAGAGUCCUCAAGCCAAAGUCACCUAUCAGAGAAGUUCCCUGUCUCUUGGAGACAGCCUCCUUCCUUGGUUCACAAUGACAGUCCAACUUCUGCCAGUCCUGACUGUCAUUCAAGCCUUUUUGCUAUUUAAGAAUUUUGAGGAAGAAAACCGUCAUGUACUCAAAAUCCUGGUAAUCAGAAGUGUCUGGAGAUUUCGAGCUGUUAACAUAGAGAGUGGCUUCUCAGGCUUCUCUGCAGCAUGGGUGUUCCUGCCUUGGCCAGAGCCGAAAUCCCAGAGCAGUGAAAGAGGAGCCAGUGUCAUGGGGCUUCUGGUUUCAGGACACACUGGAAAGGGUCCAGCCACUUUGUCACAAGUUACAUCUAUGGAGAGCACUGACCCCCGGCUGCAGGGUGAGACAGAUAAGAGGAUAAGAGGGAGCAGGAGCAGACGGAGAGAGAAGGUGGCAAGACAGAGCAGACUGUGGGUUCCCUCAACAGGGUGAACAUGAAAAAUAAAAGCCACUGGUUUCUCCUGAUAGUGUGUAGAUGGGCAGAUCUGGCCUCAGUGGCAGAAGAUACUUGGGCAACUGGAGAAAGUGCAGAGGGAGGUGUGAAAUCAACUGGGUCAUCAAAAGAAGAUGGGUGUACAACAAUUUGUUCUUCCACCUGCUGCCCAUGAACAUUUGGAUGGUUUCUAGUUUUUGGCUAUUACAAAUAAAAUUGUCAUGAACAUUU